CCCACGCUUUCUCAUGUCCCGGAUGUACCUACAUUUUAGUAGAGGAACAAAAAAAUGGGCUCGUUACCAAGCUUCACCAAACCGUUUAAAUUAUCCCCACACACGAUUAUUUUACACAUAUGAGGACCAGACCGCAGUUUUGAGAAGAGUCAACGUCCAUUGUCUCCGUGUCUGUAAAGUGAUUCAUGGCAUUGAAGAGAGUGAAGUUGGAGGUGAGAGUUGCGGGCCAAGUGUGUUGACACAGUUCAGGCUGCUUCACACUGCUGACAGGGCCUUCUGCCAUCCCCCUCACCCAUCACCCGUCUAGUGAAGAGUGAUGACCUCACAGCAGCAUGGGAAUGCCAACCCUGCCCUCCUAUCACCACAGAACUCUUCAUCUAGUCAGGGCAGGCAACACAUUUCUCGUUCCCCGAUAGACUCGUAUUCCCGCUCAGGGCUUUCCUGUCCUCGGAGAGGCUGGGUUGCAGCUUCAUUAUCUCCAACAGCUCAUGGUAACUCCCUUGCGCUCUCUCUAAGCCGAUUGGGUCCGGCGUCCUGCAGUAAUUCCUCCUCAUCACGGAGACCUGCGUCUGGCCGGGUGGAGCCGUGGCCGGAGGAGGCUGUGGAUGACGCAUAUGGGCUUUACUCUCUUCACCGCAUGUUUGAUAUUGUGGGUGCGCAGCUGACGCACCGUGACGUACGUGUGUUGUCCUUCCUUUUUGUGGACGUUAUUGACGAGUACGAGAGAGGAGGGAUACGGAGCGGGCGAGAUUUCCUGCUUGCGCUGGAGCGUCAGGGGCGAUGUGACGAGACAAACUUCCGGCAUGUUCUUCAGCUGCUCCGCAUCAUCACUCGCCAUGACCUGCUGCCGUACGUUACGUUGCGCAAGAGACAGACAGUGUGCCCAGAUCCAGUGGAUAAAUAUCUGGAGGAGACAUCAGUCCGCUAUGUUUCUCCCAGAGGAGCAGGAGAGGCGCAGCAGGGAACUCCUCACAGAAGAACAGGAACCCAGCCAUUGAUCUGCUGUCCUCCAUCAGGACCCCAGGUGUGCCCACCACGUGCUAAACCCACCCCACCUCCACUGAACAGGAAAAGGAAGAGAUCUCACACGACAGCUGACUGCAGAGAAAAACAGACCUGUGACAUACGACUGAGAGUGCGUGCGGAGUACUGUCAGCACGAGUCGGCUCUACAAGGAAACGUCUUCUCCAACAAGCAGGAGGCGCUGGAGAGGCAGUUUGAGCGGUUCAACCAGGCCAACACCAUCCUCAAAUCCCGAGACCUGGGUUCCAUCAUAUGUGACAUCAAGUUCUCAGAGCUGACCUACCUGGACGCCUUCUGGCGGGACUAUAUCAACGGCUCACUAUUGGAAGCCCUGAAGGGCGUUUUCAUCACGGACUCUCUGAAGCAGGCAGUGGGCCACGAGGCCAUUAAGCUCCUGGUGAACGUGGAUGAGGAAGACUAUCAAGCUGGCAGGAGGAAGUUGCUGAGGAACCUGGUGGCAGGAGGUGCCACUGCAGGGACGGCGAGUAGGGAGGGUCUCUUGUCCUAGUGGUGGGAUUGACUCGGUAAGUGGAGGAAAGUCAGAGACCCCGAUGAGAGAUUGAACACUAAUGAAAAGAUAUACAUGGUGGGGAGGGAAAGAAGAGUGAGGAAUGUAAGCAGAGAGGAAGUGACUCUAAAAAGAAAGAACCCUAUACAAGAGGCUGCAAUUUGCAUGUGGAUGGAAAGAGGUGAUAAAAGUGUUCUGGAAAGUUUUAUUUUGAGUAUCUCAAGUUGUGGAAAUAAAAGAUGAAGGGAGAAGUAUCAGACAACGAAGGCAUUUAGUUUAUUUUGUCUUUAUUCUUGUGUAAUUGACACUAAUGCUUUUGUUUUUAGGUUUGUGUGAAUUUGUUUUUUUUUUGUGCUACAUUUCCAUUUCCAAGUCUUGUUGCACAACCAUUGUUUAAAUGAAAUGUGUUUGCCUCAAAGUUUAACAAAGAGGUUUGAUUGACUGAUUUACAAUCACAUGCUUCAAUUCAUUAUGGAAUAAUCCCCCUGUCAAUGUUGUCUAGCCAUCCGUGGUCAAGUUUUUCUGGAUGUACACUUACAAGGCAGAAUCUCGGUUUUUAUUUAUAGCACACUGCACCAUUGCACUUCACUUUGGAAUUGUGACUACUUUAAAGAGAACACAUUCUCCAUUUGUUUCACAUUUGCACAUUUGGUUUCAUUUUAGCAAAUUCACAAGGGGACGUAGACCAACAUCUAAAGAUUCUGAAGCAUGGAGGAUUGGUUUUCAGAAUGGUUUAUUAUAUGCUUUGUUGCAACUUGUGUUUUGCUGCAUGUCCCUGUAAUUUUCUUUUUCUUUUAGUUCUGGAAAAAACGUUGGCAGAUGUUCACUCUUGUUUGAAUUCGCAACUUUAUAGGUGCUCUUUGUCCAGAAUUUCCCAAAAAGAUUAAGACAUUUGGGCUCUAACGCCCUAUUAAUAUCCAUGUUUGGACCAAUUUAGUUUUACAGUUAAUCUUCAUUGUUUGUUAUUGGUUGAAAUUCUGGGCAGAGCGUUAGUUGCAUCACUAAUGCUAUAAUACAGAGAUACGGCUUUGUAAAGUUGAAAUGCAUGUGAUGGCAGUAUUUGAUUGAAUUGGUUGAAAAACAGAUUAGGUAGUUCUGAGAGUUCGAGUAAAAAAAGAUUUGUACUGUUAUCACUAGGUUAAAAUGGAAUCUCACUUGGAACAAGGCAAUACACAUAACAGAAGCAGAACUUUUUUUUCUUUACUCAUUUCGGGAUGCUCCUUAAUAGCAGAUUGCUAAUGUGCUAUAUGUUUAUAAUUUCUACUCCUUCGAAUUCGAGCAAAUGUGUCCUGAGAAACGGCCACUGCCAGGGUUUAUAUGUUGAAAUAAUCUGCUGUAACGUCUGUCCAACAAGUCUGGAAAGAUGACACUCUGAAGUGAAAGAAAAAUGCCUGAGCAACAUGCAGUCGCAGGAAGAUGUAUAAUCUGACCGACUUGAUGUUUUUGCUAUACUUUUAAAAUACCAAAGCUGUUCCCAGACAUUCAUUCUCUCUUUAAUCUCUUUCUCCCUUAUUCAUUCUCUCCUCCAUCUGUUAAACUGUUAAAAUAUAGAAAGAAAACUGGUGACUUGUGGGGUGAGUGGAACAGACGUUUAGUAAAGUUAGCUGUGGAUCAAUUACUGCUAUUAUUAUUAUUAUAACAGAAGGAAGAAAAGCAUUUUGUAAUGUUUUCCUAAUGGAACUAAACAAAGUUACAGACUGGUAUCUAUUAUAUAGGUUACAUGUUCUAUUGAUUGUGUUCAAGUGUUUGUCUUUAUAUCUUGCAUGUAUAUGACAUUGAUCCCCUUAAAUAUCACACAGUGACAAUUGAGCUGUGGUCUGUAGAUUUGAGAUAUCUAGACAUUUCUAACCUUUUUUUAUACUUUGUUUUUCAUAGAGAAAGAAAUGGAAUUGCUACUUUUUGGAGAGGUGAGAUGAGUAUUCUCAAAGUGACACAGUAAAACAGAUGAAGACGGAGCACUUUAUUUUUUACUCUCUCUCAAGCGUUUCACCUAUUGUAACCAUAUAUAGUUAUACCAUUCCAAAAUGUAGGAGACGUUCGGCAUCAUUGGUCAUCUGUCGCAUUAUGACUCUGAUUUCUGAAUUAUUUUAUUUUUGUUGACCAUGCCGGUGGUUGUGUUAAGUGAAAUAUUUACGGGCAAAAUAGACAGCUGGUUCAUUCAAUGUCUGUACAAAUCAAUAAAACAAACUGAAAAAAAAAA